AGCCUCACUCUGACUUUCACAUCCAUUCACCCUUUUUUCUGCAGCACUGAACUCUCAGAGCAAAAAAAAAAAAAAAAAAAAAGGGAGCUCACUCCAGUCUCAUCGCUUACACCAGGUUUUAUGACAUGCGCGCGAUUUCUGAUUCCUCCGAGUGCGCAGAGGAGCGGCAAAGGACGGACAGCGGUGCGCACUUUUAGUCGCCAUCGCGUUGGACGCAGCGCAGCGACCUCGCACCGCACCAAGUGCGUUUAAAUGCUGAAGUUGGAUCAAGACAGCGAUGAUUCGCGUCUGAUUUUGUUGGGAGGACUAAUACCGCAGGGGUGUGGAAACCAGACGACGAGGAUCGCUCCGUCCCUCUCUCCCCAACAUGUCAUCUCAGGCCAAAGUCAAGAAGGACAAAGAGAUUAUUGCCGAAUAUGAGACGCAAGUGAAAGAAAUCCGUAACCAGCUGGUGGAGCAGUUCCGUUGUCUGGAGCAGCAGUCUGAGUCUCGGCUGCAGCUGCUGCAGGACCUGCAGGAGUUCUUUCGCCGAAAGGCUGAGCUCCAGCUCGAGUACUCCAGAGGCCUGGACAAACUGGCCGAGCGCUACGCCUCCAAGAUCCGCACGUCAAGAGAGCACCAGCACUUCAAAAAGGACCAAAAUCUCCUAUCCACUGUGAACUGCUGGUAUUUGGUCUUGGACCAGACCAGACGGGAGAGCAGAGACCACGCCACGCUAAGCGACAUCUACAACAACAAUGUCAUUGUCCGUCUGGCACACGUGGGCGAGGACGUCAUCAGACUUUUCAAAAAGAGUAAAGACAUCGGGGUGCAGAUGCAUGAGGAGUUAGUGAAAGUCACCAAUGAACUCUACACAGUGAUGAAGACGUAUCAUCUGUACCACAGCGAGAGUCUGACCGCUGAAAACAAGCUGAAGGAGGCGGAGAAACAGGAAGAGAAGCACAUAAGCAAGGCCAAUGACAUUACUUCUGGCUUGCUGCGUUAUGGCCAUGACGACCGUCCGCAGCGGCGAAGCUCUGUCAGGAAGAUGGAGAAACUGAAAGAGAAGAGACAAGCAAAGUAUUCAGAAAACAAGCUGAAAAGCACAAAGGCCCGCAAUGACUACCUUCUCAACUUGGCAGCUACCAAUGCUUUGGUGGCCAAAUACUACAUCCACGAUGUAUCAGAUAUGAUCGAUUGUUGUGACCUAGGUUACCAUGCCAGCCUCGCACGCACCUUGAGAACCUACCUGUCUGCAGAGUACAGUCUGGAGACUUCUCGCCACGAGGGUCUGGACUUGCUGGAAGGAGCAGUAGAUGCCAUGGACAUCAGAGGAGACAAGCUGAAGUUUAUGGACAUGCACAGCCAGAUCUUCUGUCCUCCAGCACAGUUUGACUAUCAACCACACAUGGGGGAUGAGGUGUGUCAGGUUAGCGCACAGCAGCCUGUGCAGACAGAACUUUUGAUGCGCUACCACCAGCUACAGUCUCGUCUGGCUACACUGAAGAUAGAGAAUGAAGAGGUGAGGAAGACUCUGGAUGCCACCACACAGACUCUUCAGGACAUGCUCACAGUGGAGGACUUUGAUGUCUCAGAAGCCUUCCAGCACAGCCAGUCCACAGAGUCAGUUAAAUCGGCUUCAUCUGACUCCUACAUGAGCAAGGCGAACAUCAUUAAGAGACGAGCCAACCAACAAGAGACUGAGGGCUUCUACUUUACUAAAUACAAGGAGUAUCUGAAUGGCAGCAAUCUUAUCAUAAAGCUGCAGGCCAAACAUGACCUUCUGAAGCAGACGCUAGGAGAAGGGGAAAGGGCUGAAUAUGGAACAACAAGGCCCCCGACUCUGCCCCCAAAACCCCAGAGAAUGCAGGAGUCUAGACCUCGCUUGGUUUUUUACUAUAAGCUGUUUAAAGGCAACAUGGAGGCCUUCAUUCAGGACUCAGGACAGCCUAUACCCAUCGUGGUUGAAAGCUGCAUUCGAUACAUCAAUCUGUACGGUCUUCAGCAGCAAGGUAUAUUUCGAGUUCCGGGAUCCCAGGUCGAAGUCAAUGACAUUAAAAAUGCAUUUGAAAGAGGAGAGGACCCACUGGUGAACGAUCAGACUGAUCAUGACAUCAACUCUGUGGCAGGCGUUCUGAAACUUUACUUCAGAGGGUUGGAAAAUCCUCUCUUCCCCAAAGAACGGUUUCUUGACCUCAUAUCCACCACCAAGCUCGACUCUGGUGCAGAACGAGCUCAUCACCUGCAGCAGAUUACUGGGACUCUCCCGCGGCCUGUGAUCAUCGUCAUGCGAUACGUGUUUGCAUUUCUAAAUCAUCUGUCGCAGUACAGUGAUGAGAACAUGAUGGACCCCUACAACCUGGCUAUUUGCUUUGGCCCCACUCUGAUGCCCAUACCAGACGACCAGGACCCUGUGGUCUGCCAGGCGCAUGUUAAUGAGGUCAUCAAAACAGUCAUCAUUCAUCAUGAGCUUAUCUUCCCCAGCCAGCGUGAUUUGGAUGGACCUGUGUAUGAAAAAUGCAUGGCUGGAGGGGAGGAGUACUGUGAGAGUCCUCACAGUGAGCCGGGGGCCCUUGACGAGGUAGACAACGGUACGGGGCCUAACACUAGCGAUGAAGAAGUGGAGACGAUUGAGGCCAUAGCAAAGUUUGACUAUGUGGGCCGAAGUCCUCGAGAGCUUUCCUUUAAGAAGGGUGCGUCUCUAUUACUCUACCUGCGAGCCUCUGAGGACUGGUGGGAGGGCCGACAUAAUGGUGUGGACGGGCUGAUCCCACAUCAGUACAUCGUGGUGCAGGAUAUGGAUGACGCCUUCUCGGACAACGUUCAGAGGACCGACGCUGAGGUCAGCAGUGGGCCGCACCACGACGUUCGACUCUUGUCCAGAAAUGACCAUCAGUCUCCUUGUGAACAGAGUACCGAGCACCGCUUUGGAGGGGCGAUGGGAAGGGUAAGAAUCCGUUCAGACGGAGCUGCACUUCCACGCCAGAGGAAUGGCGCCGACAAUCACAGCCCCAUCAGAGCCCCGGAGCAGCCCCCUAGAGUUAUGCCCCGCCCCUGCAGCCCUCACAAAAUAGUUGUUAGCCGUGGCCCAGCAGAGAGUCCAGAGAAACGACGACUCACCACGUUUAGCAGCCCUGGUUGCAUCAACCAUCCUGACAGGAAGGCCUUUGCUGAUGCCUACUCUCAGCGAUCCUCUCCAAGCACCACCCGGCACGCCAGUUUAGGAGACCACAAAACCUUUGAGGCUGAGGCACUUGCUGAGGACAUAGAGAAAACAAUGAAUACCGCAUUACAUGAAUUGCGUGAGCUGGAGAGACAGAAUGUUGCUAAGCAUGCACCUGACGUUGUUCUGGACACCCUGGAGCCGCUCAAGCUCCCCAGCGGAUCGCAGGAGCCACCUGGAAGUCCUCUGCAUACCAUGGUGAUCAGAGAUCCAGAUGCGGCUCAACGACGGAGCAGCAGCAGCUCCUCCUCUGAGACCAUGACCACUUUUAAGCCGGCUCUGGCAGCACGCAGACCGAGUGCACCUCUACGGCCACCUCCAGCUAGACCGGUCCGACCUGCUCCUGUUAUAGGACAGGGGCAAGGACCACAUCGUUCCAGCAGCUCCAGCUCCUCUGGUCUGGGCAGUCCGAGCAUCAUGUCCACUGAUAGGGUUUUCCCUCAAGCACCGUCCCCCUCGCCUUCCACCUCUUCCUCAUCCUCAGACAAACAAAGUAACAUAUAGCUCCACACAGCCGCAACUGUUUGAAGAACACUGGACCAAUGCAGCCUGACACCUCUUCUUGCCAGCAGGACAAACAUCCACUCGUCAAAUAUGGUACAUGAAUAUUUUAUUGAUCACUAGUCUUUUUUUCCAGUUUAGGAUCAUUACUGCUGGUUUCUGACAGCUUCCUGCCAACACAGUGACUUAUUUUUGGACAAGUCAGUGUACUGUAUUAUGAUACGUUACACAGAAAUAGGAAUGAACCAUGCUGGAUUAAAAAAAAAAGGAUGCACUGGAAAAUACUACUUGCGUAGUAACUUCUGCCAAUUAAGACACAGCUUUGAAAUAUUAUUCAGCUAUGAUGGUGCACUUAAAACAGCUCAUUGCAUUCAGCCUGUGCAGGUGGUCUGCAGUCCGUUAAAAUGUCUUGUCCAACAUUUAUAACAGAAAAUCUCAUAAAUGUC